AUGCUGGGCAGUGGACGUGCUCGCAGCAUGGCGUGCGCUUCCGGCGUCUGGCGGCACUUUCGGCGCCCGGUGCAGCGCAGGACAGGUGGGCUGUCCUGCUCAGGGUCUGGCACCCGGGAAAAGGGCGCCUGCAGCAGCGGCAGCGGCAGCGGCAGCGAAACUGCGGCAGGAAGGCCUUGCAAGGCCUCGGAGGAGCUUCUGUGCUUUGAUGCCGCCAUUUCAUCUUGCUGCCACGCUCGGCAGUGGCAGCAUGCGCUGCGGUUGGUGGAAGACAUGCAGGAUGAUGGGCUCGCACCCGACACAGGGAUCUGGGACAAGUUGCUGGAGGCCAUGGUGCUGUCAGGCGAAAUGGCUGCGGCAAUGGCUUUGUGCAGGGAGGCGAAGGCUUUGCUCGGCUUGCGUCCUGCGGCACAGGGCUUGGACCUGCAUGGCAAGACGGUUGAGCUGGCAAAGCUGGCUGUGCGUAUAGCUCUGUUGGACGUAGCACUUGCCCUUCAGCACGGGCAGGCUGCGAAGAGCGCAGAGCUGGGUCUAACUGCCCAGGGAAGUUUGUCACUUGUGGUGGGUUUGGGACGCCAGUCUAAAACAGGCGAGGCGAUCCUUGGCCCAGCUAUACAGCAAAUGCUAAGUCAGGAGCUGGGGGUGCAAAGCCACAAAGACCCCAAGAACGAGGGCUGCCUGCUUAUACCGAGGUUCGAGCGUGACAUCGUGCUGUUGGCUGAAAAUGUGGAUGCAGAGGCAGAGCUAGACUUUGCAGACUUAGCCUUGCAGCAUCCUCCAGGUGACCCACGAGCACACCUCAACCCAGAUGGAACAAGGCCUGAAGAGGAGGAUGCUGAGGACUACCACGACCCAGACCCCACGGAUCACUUCCCUCGCAUGAAGCUUGUCAAGGAGCGCGGUCAGAGCUUUGUGGUGUCUCAAGACCCGCCCAAGCCAAUCUCAGAGCUGUACUUCACGCACCAGGCGGAAUCGAGUACUAGCGGAAUGGAGUGCACCAGUCUGAGACACUGGAAUUUCUUGGAAGCGGAAGACAUCGCUGAUUCAGUUUCACCUGGCCAGGAACACGUGCCCUUCUAUCCGCGCCAGCGCAUCCUGAUCUGGACCAACUACAAGCUGCUGAUGAAGGCCGGGCCCAUCAGAUGGGCAAAGAACACUUGA